AACACUUAAUAGCGAACCACUGCAGCGCCGUUGUCUUGUCUUGCCCACGAGAGAGAUCUGCAGUACUGCACAGCAGGGGCGGAGGGUGCUAGCAAGCUGUACUAGAACUGUUGCGAGCUCCAGCCACGGCGCGAGGCACAGAGGGGACUAAGUGAAUCGAAGUGUUUUAAACACCCGAGAACGAAAUGUCCUCCCCUGCCCCUGAUGCUGCUGCCCCGGGAGGGGCUCCAGGAGGACCCGAGGGAGAAGGGGGUCCCCCGGCGCCUCCCCCGAACCUCACCAGCAACCGAAGGUUACAGCAGACGCAAGCGCAAGUGGACGAGGUGGUUGACAUUAUACGAGUGAACGUGGACAAGGUGCUGGAGAGGGACCAAAAGCUGUCGGAGCUGGACGACCGGGCCGAUGCGCUGCAGGCUGGGGCCUCGCAGUUCGAGAGCAGCGCGGCCAAGCUCAAGAACAAGUACUGGUGGAAAAACUGCAAGAUGAUGAUAAUGAUGGGAAUCAUAGGUUUCAUCUUGGUUGGAAUCAUUUUCUUAUAUUUCUUCUAUUGAGCUGGUCUCAUGAUUGAAGAAUGCAGUCGCAAGACGGUGAAAGUGAAGGAGAAAACACAACUAUGAGUUACAUUCCCUGUCCUGUCCGUGUGUCAGUCUCUCCUUUCCGUCCAUCCACCCUGCGUGUAGUUGUGAGACAAAAUCCUCUCCAGGGUUUCCCUCGCCAGGUCAUCCUCUCUCUUUCUUCUCUUCCCUUGUUCUUGCUCUCUGUCCGUCUCAGAGCCUAAUGGCCCACUGAAGGAGGACAGAGAUGAAAUGUGGAAAAGGGAAAAGGGAGAAUAACAAGAGACAGAAAUUAAAUCGAGAGAAAAAAAGACAGAGGGAGAGAGUGGGAAGGGGCUGGAAGCAGCCUCAGAAUUUUUGUUUGUUCAUUUUAAUCAAUCCAAAGUGAACUACUACCUGUUGCUAGCAUCCUACAUUUGUAAAUGAACGCUGACGUCCAGAUCCACGUCUUGU